UCUCUCUCUCUCUCUCUCUCUCUCUUGGGCGAAGGCAUGGCAUGCGGAGGAUAUCAGGGUCUGGCUGGACCGGGCAGCGCCGCUUUUCUUCUCCUAAUGCAUCUCCGAACCCCAUGCAUAUGGCCCCUUCUCGCCCACUGCAAAACCCUCUCACGAGGAGCCCGUGUCCCUCCGGAGCAUCUUCACCUGAGCUGCGUUCGGUCCAUUUGGGCGCCGGCCCCGGCGGCAGCGUGACAUUCUGCAGCCCUGUUGGCCGUCACGCGGCAAAAAGGAUCCUCCACCAGUCGGCACCGCUGGCUAUAAUGGUCGGGUAAUUCACAUGCCCACCCGCACCGGGGCUCGCUCGCUCGCCAACUCGGCCAGUCGCCUUCCUUUGCGACCUUUCAGGUGGGUUCGUGCUUGUUUGUUUGUUUGGCUGGCUUUACGACUGUGACCCUGACGGGUACUGGUCCUGCGCUGCCCUAGCCUCGAACAGAGAGUGGUUUGCUGCAAGAAGGGUCCUGACUUGGUCUCGGGGAUGGCUACUCGAAACGCGGCCCCCCCCCCCCCCC